AUGAAGACGAAGAGCAUAAAUGGUACAUUAGAUGAACCAAAAUUACUUUGGUUAAGGCAUUUUUCUGCUGGUAUAUUUGCUGGUGGUACUAGUCGAACAUGUACAGCUCCUAUUGAUCGUUUACGAACAUUUUUUCAAGUUUAUGGUCUUGAUGCAAGUGGUCAAAUGACAAUACGUACAACGUUAAGUUCGAUGGUAAAAGAAGGUGGCAUUAAAUCAUUAUGGCGUGGUAAUUUAAUGAAUGUAAUUAAAGUAUCACCAGAAACUGGUAUUCGUCUUAUGUCAUAUGAAACAUUUAAAAGAUUAGUUGGACAAACACAAACACAUGAAAUAAAUGUUUUCGAAAAAUUUUUAUGUGGUUCAGCAGCUGGUUUUACGGCUAGUGCAUUAAUAUAUCCAAUGAAAACAAUUAAAGUUAUAUAUAAGAUUUGUUUCUUUAUUAAAUGA